UAUCGAAAAUCAGCUCUUCGUUGUGAAAUUAUGGAAUGAACCGUAAUCUGUUUUAAAGUCGGUUGUGACAUGUUCUGCAAUGGAAUCAAACAGUGAAUUAUUUCAAUCGUUAUUUAAAACAUACAAGCUGCGAUAUCCAGACAAAAAACCGUCGGAUUGCCAAAAGGAAGCAGCGGCAAUAUGGAAAACAGCAAAAAAAGAAGAAAAAGAUUUUCAAACACAUAUAAAAAAUGUAAUAAAAAAAUAUGAAAGUCAGGUGCAACAAAAAAAAAUCAAAACGAUGUCAUUUUUUAUGAAUGCUUCAAAGAAUAUAUGUACUCCCAAAAACGAUGUUCCUCACUCAGCGAUCGAUAAUGAAAAUUCUACUGAUCUAAGGUCUCAGCAAGAUGAAAAUGGAAAUCAUAUUCCUCAAUCAGUGAUCGAUUCAAAUGACAAUUCCAUCGAUCUAAAAAAUGAACAUGAUGAAAAGACAACAAUUAAUGUCAACAGCGAAAAAAGCUACAGAAAGCCUGCGCAGGAAAAGGCAAAGGAAAAUAUUGUAUCCUUAACUCAGAGAGCAGCAGUCCUAGCGCAGGCAAAUAAUUCAACAAUGUCUAGCGAAAUCCAAAAGGAGCUUGAUAAAACUAGGCAAGAAAUUGAAAAGGAAAGAAAAAGCCUCAAGCGCAAGCAACAAAUUGCAGAAGCUCAAAAUAAAUACAGGCAGAAUAAACAACAAAAAUUGAGUUGCCUAUUUGAGAAAAUUCCUCAAGCUAAAAGUUUUUGUAGCCAACGAUCUACAGUUGGCAGACCCCCGAUUGAAGACGAUCAACCGCUUCUCCAUAAAACUAUUUUGGAGAUAGCCAUGUUUGGAAGUGGAGCUGAUGAAAGGAGGCGCACUAACCUUGUCAGAAGUGUAAAAACCUUGUCUGAUCUCCAUGAAGAGCUCAAAAAAGAAGGGUUUAACUUGUCGAGAAGCGCAACCUAUCUAAGACUAUUGCCUAGAAGCUCUUCCUCGAUUGAAGGAAAACGUCAUGUGAGAACGGUACCGGUAAAGCUUUGUCGAGCCCAAACAGAUUACCACAAGCAGCAUAUAGAUGGAUAUUUUGCUACAGCAUCUAUAAAAUAUCUUGAAAGCGUUGCCUCUGUUCUCGGCCCUGCUCAAGUGUUUUUUUUGUCACAAGACGACAAGGCUAGGGUGCCAAUUGGAUUGACUGCUGCAAAUAAGCAAGCACCUCUGCUUAUGCAUCUUGAAUACAAGGUCAAGCUGCCAGAUCACGAUUGGGUUGUUGCCCCAAGGCAUAAGCUAAUCCCAUCAGUUUAUGCGGGUGUAAUCAUAAGUCCACAAAAACUGGGAGACCCGAAAGCAGUUGGUUAUUCUGGCCCCACAUUUAUAAGCAUAAGGAGUGGAAAGCAUUCUUCAUCUACUGCUGGAACUCAUUCUAGAGAUUUCGACAGUAUUGUGAAGCUAGAGUCUUUUAAAUCAAUAGCAAGGACCGAUGAAGGACUAGUCAAGCCUGUAGUUAUUAUAACUUCCGAUGGUGGCCCUGAUGAAAAUCCCAGAUAUGGGAAGGUUAUUUCCCAUGCAGUACAACAUUUUAAGGCAUACAAUUUGGAUGCAAUUUUUGUUGCCACAAAUGCUCCAGGAAGAAGUGCUUUCAACCGAGUCGAAAGGAGAAUGGCCCCACUAAGCCGGGAAUUGUCUGGGUUGAUUUUGCCGCACGACGUGUUUGGAAGCCAUUUGGAUAACCAAGGCAGAACCACAGACUUCGACUUGGAGAAAAAAAAUUUUGAAUUCGCCGGAAGGACAUUGGCCAAAGUUUGGGGCAACAUGGUUCUCGAUGACUUUCCUGUGACUGCCAAAUAUUGUCUACCUAAAGAAGAAGAUUCAGAACUGGAUGACAUAGAUCAGUACUGGUAUCAAGAACAUGUUCGUGAGAGUCAAUACUUUCUGCAAAUUGUGAAAUGCCGUUCUGAAGAAUGUUGUGGAGAAUUUAGAAGUGGAUUACUUCAAAUUCUACCUGACAGAUUUUUCCCUCCUCCUAUAAGUGUUGUUCAGGGAGUCUCUGAAAUAAUGGUUUCCGAGAACAACGAGAAGGGCAAUUUUCUGGACCUAAUGCAACGCAGAGCUCUCGUGGUAUCAAUAAAUAAACACAACAAAUAUUUGCAGAUUCCCUACGACUUGAAUUGCCCGUCGGUACAAAGCCAACUUCAAAAGCGCAUAUGCAAAACGUGUGGGUUGUAUUUUGCAUCACAAAAAUCAGCUACUCGGCAUGCAAUAAUCCAUAAAAAUGUAGCUGUAAGCUUUGAUUUGAAAUCAAAGAAGCCCCUUUACCGUGUGGCUGGACGGCGAAAGGGAGAAUGCCUAGUGAUUCAGACAUACGAAGGAUGUGAAGACCUCGAAUGGCUUGACGAGGACUGCGUAGACGACGAAGGUGAAGAAGAUACCUGCGGAAAUAAAGAGAUUUCGACAAGCCAGCUUCCAAUAAUAAAAAAUAUUAAAGAUUGGUUGGAAUCUCCUUAUGAAAAUACAGUGUAA